GCCAGUGGGACUUUCUUCCUGCCGCUGCCCUGCCCUCCCCUCCUGUUAUCGGCCCAGGGUCCGCAUCAGUCAGGCAGACUGCAAUCAUGGCACCUCCGAAUGAGGAGACACCCCUGAUAUCUCAACGCUCCUGCAGCCUCUCAUCUUCAGAGGCUGGCACACUACAUGUGCUGCUGCCUUCUCGGGGUCCUGGGCCCCCAAAGUGUCUAUCCUUCUCCUUUGGGGACCACUCAGCUGAAGAGUUAUGUGUUCGGGCUGCAAAGGCCAGUGGCAUCCUGCCCGUGUACCACUCUCUCUUUGCCCUGGCCACGGAGGACCUGUCCUGCUGGUUUCCGCCAAGCCACAUCUUCUCCGUGGAGGACUCGGGCACCCAGGUCCUUGUCUACAGGCUCCGAUUUUACUUCCCCAACUGGUAUGGGCUGGAGAAGUGCCACCGCUUUGGGCUACGGAAGGACUUGGCCAGCGCCAUCCUUGACCUGCCGGUCCUAGAACACCUCUUCGCCCAGCACCGCACCGACGUGGUGAGCGGCCGUCUCUCCGUGGGCCUCAGCCUCAAGGAGCAGGGCGAGUGUCUCAGUCUUGCGGUGCUAGACCUUGCCCGGAUGGCCUGCGAGCAGGCCCAGCAGCCCCGAGACCUGCUGAAGACCAUCAGCUACAAGGUCUGUCUGCCCCCUGGCUUGCGGGACCUGAUCCAAGGCCUGAGCUUCGUCACGCGGAAGCGUAUCCGGAGGACAGUUCUACGUGCCCUGAAACGCGUGGCUGCCUGCCAGGCAGACAGGCACUCACUCAUGGCCAAGUACAUCAUUGACCUGGAGCGGUUGGAUCCAGCCAGGGCCACUGAGACCUUCUGCGUGGGCCUCCCUGGGGCUGCGGGGGUUCAGGAUGUGCAGGGGCUGCUCCGAGUGUCUGGAGUCAGUGGCAUUUCCUGGAGCCCUGGAGGACAGGAGGUCCUCCAGCCCUUCUGCGACUUCCCAGAAAUUGUGGAUGUCAGCAUCAAGCAGGCCCAGCAUGCAGGUCUGACCGGGGAGCAUCGUCUGGUCACCAUCACCAGGACAGACAACCAGAUCCUGGAGGCCGAGUUCCCAGGGCUGCCCGAGGCCUUAUCCUUCGUGGCACUCGUGGACGGCUACUUCCGACUGACCACCGACUCCCUGCACUACUUCUGCAAGGAAGUGGCCCCGCCGAGGCUGCUGGAGGAGGUAGCCGAGCAAUGCCACGGCCCCAUCACACUGGAUUUUGCUAUCCACAAGCUCAAGACUGGGGGCUCACUUCCAGGUUCCUACCUUCUCCGCCGAAGCCCCCAGGAUUUUGACAGCUUCCUCCUCACUGUCUGCGUCCAGACACCCCUGGGACCUGAUUACAAGGGAUGCCUCAUCCAGCGUCACCCAACGGGCACCUUCGCCCUGGCUGGUAUUGGCCACGCUCACAGCAGUCUUCGAGCACUCCUGGCAGCCUGCUGGGAUGGUGGGCUGCAUGUGGAUGGGGUUGCACUCAACCUCACCUUCUGCUGCACCCCAAGACCCAAAGAAAAGUCCAACCUGAUUGUGGUCCGGAGAGAUUGCAGUUUGCCCACGUCAUCCCCCACUCAGCCCCAAUCCCAGUGCCAGCUGAGUCAGAUGACUUUUCACAAGAUUCCCACCGACAGCCUGGAGUGGCAUGAGAACCUGGGUCAUGGAUCCUUUACCAAGAUUUACCGGGGCUGUCGUCACGAGACCGUGGAUGGAGAGGCCCGGGACACGGAGGUGCUGCUCAAAGUGAUGGAUGCCAAGCAUAAGAACUGCAUGGAGUCAUUCCUGGAAGCAGCGAGCCUGAUGAGCCAAGUGUCAUACCAGCACCUCGUAUUGCUCCAUGGCGUGUGCAUGGCUGGAGACAGUAUUAUGGUGCAGGAAUUUGUACACCUGGGAGCCCUGGACACGUAUCUGCGUAAGUGUGGCCCCCUGGUACCAGCCAGCUGGAAGCUGCAGGUGACCAAACAGCUGGCUUAUGCCCUCAACUAUCUGGAAGAUAAAGGCCUUCCCCAUGGCAAUGUCUCAGCCCGGAAGGUGCUACUGGCUCGCGAGGGGGGUGAUGGGAGCCCACCUUUCAUCAAGCUGAGUGACCCUGGUGUCAGCCCCACUGUGUUAAGCCUGGAGAUGCUCACUGACAGGAUCCCCUGGGUGGCUCCUGAGUGUCUCCAGGAGGCCCGGACACUUGGCUUGGAAGCUGAUAAGUGGGGCUUCGGUGCCACAGUAUGGGAGGUGUUCAGUGGUGUCACAAUGCCCGUCAGUACCCUGGAUCCUGCCAAGAAACUCCAGUUUUAUGAGGAGCGACAACAACUGCCAGCCCCCAAGUGGACGGAGCUGGCCCUGCUGAUCCAACAGUGCAUGGCCUAUGAGCCAGGCGUAAGGCCCUCCUUCCGUGCUGUAAUCCGUGACCUCAACAGCCUCAUCACUUCAGACUAUGAGCUCCUCUCAGACCCCACACCUGGUGCCUUGGCACCCCGUGAUGGGCUGUGGAAUGGCGCCCAGCUCUACGCCUGCCAGGACCCUACCAUCUAUGAGGAGAGACACCUCAAGUACAUCUCACAGCUGGGCAAGGGCAACUUCGGCAGUGUGGAACUGUGCCGCUACGACCCGCUGGGAGACAACACAGGCGCGCUGGUGGCCGUGAAGCAGCUGCAGCACAGCGGGCCAGAGCAGCAGAGGGACUUCCAGCGGGAGAUCCAGAUCCUCAAGGCCCUCCACAGCGACUUCAUUGUCAAGUACCGGGGUGUCAGCUAUGGCCCAGGCCGCCAGAGCCUGCGGCUGGUGAUGGAGUACCUGCCCAGUGGCUGUCUGCGCGACUUCCUGCAGCGGCACCGUGCUCGCCUGGACGCCAGCCGCCUGCUUCUCUACGCCUCGCAGAUCUGCAAGGGUAUGGAGUACCUGGGCUCCUGCCGCUGCGUGCACCGCGACCUAGCCGCACGGAACAUCCUGGUGGAGAGCGAGACGCAUGUCAAGAUCGCCGACUUCGGUCUCGCCAAACUGCUACCCGUAGACAAGGACUACUACGUGGUCCGCGAGCCGGGCCAGAGUCCCAUUUUCUGGUACGCCCCCGAGUCCCUCUCCGACAACAUCUUCUCUCGCCAGUCCGACGUCUGGAGCUUUGGAGUCGUCCUGUAUGAGCUCUUCACCUACAGUGACAAGAGCUGCAGCCCCUCAGCAGAGUUCCUGAGGAUGAUGGGAUGUGAGAGAGACGUCCCUGCCCUCUGCCGCCUCCUGGAGCUGCUGGCCGAGGGCCAGAGGCUGCCGGCCCCUCCUGCCUGCCCUGCUGAGGUUCAUGAGCUCAUGAAGUGGUGCUGGGCACCCAGCCCGCAGGACCGGCCGUCAUUCAGCAUGCUGGGUCCCCGGCUGGAGGCACUGUGGAGUGGAAACCAGGGGUAGCGCCCCGGGCGCAGGGCCUGAACCUUCCUUGCCUGUCUGCGGGAGAGCCACACUCACUGCCAUUUUCGUUUCUCCCGCACAGACUUCUGGGUCUGGUCUUCGUGGACAGGGUCACCCUCAGCAGGGGCUGCCCUUCUUUGGGCCUUGUGCGUCGCCACCCCCUCCCCAUGAGUGGGGCAAAUGGUGUGUUUUUUGAGGGGCACCCAUGGCUCCUAGAGCAGCAGCAGCUUGUGACCUUUGGUACUUGUAAAGAUUCAAGACAGGUGCGCUUGAGGGAAGGAAAGCUAUUCAGGGAGUGAACUGAGAGACCGAGUUUAAGCCUCACCCAUCUUCCCAUCCUCUCAGAGCCUGGCCCUGAGCUUCUGGUCUCUGUUCCUCUUCCUGGAGGCACCCGAGCUUGAGUGUAACUGUCCUAUUUGGAAAUCUGCUUUUGGUGAGGGGAGGCUAUGUGUCUGUCUGAGAUCUUGUGAGAAGCUGGGGUCCCAGCUUCAAUGGGGCUGAAGUCUUGGUUUUCCCAACUGUAUAUGGGGCCCUUCUGUCUUCACCAGAGGAUCUUAUAAGAAAUGACACAGGAAGGGCCCUCCCUGGUGGCGCAGGGAAUUCAAGGGCCAUACUGCAAGCUAGCCGCAGAAAUGGCACAGGGGCCUGACAAGAGCUUGUCAUGCACUUGAGGGAAGGAAAGCUGUUCUUGGCAGAGGGAACAGAGUGGUUGAGUGAGGAGGCUCAGAGUAUGGAGGUUUAGAGGCCAGGUGUUGGAUCCCACAUUCUGCCACUUAAGUGCUGGGUAGGGAAAUUGCUUCCCAUCUCUGACUCCUGCAAGAUGGAUAGAGCAAUAAUGCCAGGAUUUCCAGAGGCUCGUGAGAAGGUGUGUAGUGUAGACUAAGUCCUUACCGGUUCUCACCUGCUUGCAAGGUUUUUCUGCCACUUUUGCUUCCCUGGAAAACUCUGCAGCUCUCAAAACUCCAGCUAUAGCCUCCCUACCCCCUUCCCUGGUGGCACCCACUACUCCCUGCCAACCUUAGGGCUGGGGUAGUGUCUGAGUGUCCUCCAGCCUGGAGGGACCUGUCAGGGGUGGGCACACAGGGAACUCUU